CAUUAAUGACAAGACACACUUCCUGUGGCCAACUUUUAGCCUGGAGCCAAGAACCUUCCAGAAGCAGUUCACGCGCCUAGCUGCUCCACCAGCUCUCGCGAGACUUGCUGUUAGAGGCGUUGCCACCAAGCGAGCGCAUGCGCAGUUUCGGUUUAAGAUGGCCAGCAUCCCGGCUCUUGCGGCAAUGACUCCCAUCAGGUUGCUGGUGCAGCCAACGCAGAGGCCAGAGGGCCGCACCUAUGCAGACUACGGGUCCGUGAACGAAUGCAUGGAAGGCAUCUGUAAGAUGUACGAGGAGCACCUGAAGAGGUUGAACCCCCUCAGCCAGUCCAUCACCUAUGGCGUCAGCCAGCUGUUCGAGUUCAUCGACCGUCUGGUCGACCUCAGCUGCCUGGUGUUCCGUGAAGACACCCAGACGUACAAGCCUCACAGCCGAGAGUGGGUCAAAGAGAGGAUCUAUAUGCUUCUCAGUCAGCAGGCACAGCGAGACGCCUCAGAGUGAUGGUCUAGAGGGUCCUGGGACCACAGGGAACAUUUCUGAUCGAAGCUGCGGGAUCAAGCUGUAGCGAUGAGCCAUUUUCCGUGAAAGGCUGCCCCUAAC